GAUGUGGUCCUUCUACAGGAGGCCGCUGAUGUGUUCUGCGAUGCGACAGCUGCCCAAGCAGCAGUGGAAGACUGCCCAGACUCUGCCACCCCGGCAUUGAGAAAGUUCGCACGUAUACGAGAGAACGAUGCGGAGACGGCAGCCCACCGCAUCUUCCAAGAAUGUGGAUUAGCAGUCCCGCUCAGCAUUGACUACGAAAACAUCACUGGAGUUGGUGACGAUGAUGAUGAAUUACUUUCGUGGCCCGUGCUCAAGUUCAGCAAGUGGCUCUCGUACCUGCUGGAUAGCGGGCGACUGUCAAGACAGCUGUGUGGGGUUCCCAAUUUAGCUGCCAUGCAGGUGCUACUUGAAGAGUUUUGGACCCGGUGGGAAGCCCUGUAUCCAGGGCACGAAGUGUUCAAACUUGCCAGGGACAAGCGACUGGACUUGUCAAUGACAAUUCCUGUUUGGAGCCACUCGGACGAGGGCCGAUCUCAGAAGCAGAAACCAAUCCUGGUUUUGUCGGUCCAUGGAUGUGUUGGUCGGGGAACUCAAGCUUACCGCCAGGAGCUGGCAAGAGAUCCAGGCAGACGUGCUGGGAUGGGCCUCAAUUUCAUUGGGCCUACGUGGAGCAGUCAGUUCCUCUUUUCGGUUAUGCAGCGCGAGGUUUAUGCCAAACACCCAGAAAGGUUCGACGGUCUUGCCGGGUGCCUGGCAGACGACUUGAGAAAAUGCUGGGAAGAAGGAGUCGCAAGCUCUGUGAACCCAGAGUUGCGGGUGUGGGCUGUGCACCUUGGAACCAAAGGCGAUCUUCCCGCCUUGACGAAGAUCGGGAAGUUCGAAGACCGAAGUUACUCUCGUGUACCGAAAACAGGGCAGAGCAAGACCCUGUGCAAGGGAAUCUGCCACUUGUGUCAUGCUGCGCAAGAGUCACACGAUCCGCAGCAAAACAUCUUGUUCGAGGACCUGGGCAUGAAUCCGAAGUGGGCGAGCACAUUGCACCAGACGGUGCCGUGGCGAUCGCAGCCGGGCAUCCUGCGAGGUGCUUUGUUGUGCCGGCAGGAGCCGGCCGACUUCUUCAAGCUGGACCUUUGGCACAACUUCCACAUGGGCACGGCCAAAGUGUGGCUGGCUUCGAGUUUCAUGCUUCUCUGCAACCUGGACUUGAUUGUGGGGAACACGAUUAUCGCGAAGUUCGAGGCCUUGACUUCCCAGUACCGGGCUUUUUGCCGAAGCAAGAGAUUGUCAAUGCACAUUGUCCAGUUUUCGCGGGAUACAAUGGGUAUCGACUCCGACAGAACUUUUCCUGUUGGCAAGUGGAACAAAGGUGCAGCAUCUACCAAUUUGAUGUUGUUUCUGCAGUGCCUGUGUGAAACCCUGAUCGUGGGCAAGCUGGCUGAUCCACUACUUCUUGCA